UAAUUUUGCUAAUGAAUAGUCUACAGCUAAAAAUUGGCUUUUUAGCAUUGUCGGCAGCAGUAGCUUGUAUUGGUGGAUCUUCACAAGGUCUCUCACAAUGCUUUACAAACACAGACUGCACUGGAGAUGUAGUACCAGCUGCAGACCAACAUGCAUGCUGUGUUGAUACAGUGGCAGGACUUUGGUUCAGCGACGGCUUUAACUGCCAUCGUUGCAUAGUGCACGGGUUCGUUCAAGUUGAAUACACUAUUCUUGAGGAUGAACGACUCUUCACUGGGUUUCAACUAAAUGUUAAGGGAACAACACAACAUAGUGGUCUUCAUCUGAUAGGAACCAUUGUAGCAGAAGCAGCUGAUAACGACUUUGAAAGGUUGGCUCCAAUCAGAGUCGUAAACAGUGUAGAUAUUAGUUUGUUCGCUACCAAUGAUGAGAUUACACUGGAGUAUAACGACAAGAUUGAACUAAAGUUUAUUCCUGACCUUUCUGGCCUCAUUACAAGUCUCGAGGGCCUAGGAGAGUACAUUAGAAACAGUACAACAGUCCAUAUCAUUGACAAUGAUUUGUUGGAGAUCAAUUUUGAAGAGUCGGACUAUUCAAUAAAGGAGGGUGCGACAAUGCUUAGUACACCAAUCCGUUUGCAGUUCCGGACAAAUCAAAACCCGUUCACAGUAACUCUCCGUCCCAUCUCCGUUGAUGUAGCUGAGUCUGAAAAAUUAGGGGUUUUUAUUAACUCUGCAGCGAUUUCUUCGCAGUCCAGAGCUACCGCAGUUGCAGAUUUCAGUGAUCAGCCAAUCACAGUUGAAGUUCCAGCCAACAGUCAACAAUAUCAAAUUCGAGAGUUCUUUAUAAUAGAAGAUGAUGAUGUUGACGAAGAUAUGCAGAGCUUUGCAAUAGUUGCUGAGAUUGGAGAGGAUGUUGCAGAAAAUAUCAGCUGCUUCCAGCUUGGAGUGGGAUCAGCAGAGUGCUUUGGACGACAGGGAGCAACCGAAAUUAGAAUCACUGAUAAUGAUCCAAUGAUCAUUGGAUUUGCAAUAAAAAGUCAGACCAUAUCAGAAAAUGAAGUACCUGGAAUGGACAUUUUCCCACUCUUGAUAGAAGUAGGAACUUUGAGAACAGCCGAGAGGGAGCAUAGAAUUAUAUUCCGUCAUAAAGAAUCAAGCAGCACAGCCACAGUAGAACCACUUGCAUCUUAUGCAAAGUAUGAUGCCAUAUUUGGUACAAGAGAACAACCUGGUGAUCCACUUACUGAAAAGUUUGACUUGCUGCCUGAACACGAUACACCACUACUGUCAACGUUCAUUAGAAAUGACUUGCAUCGAGAAGAAGAUGAAUGCUACACUAUACAGAUACUCCCUGUUGACAUUCCUGGUCGUCGUGAGCUGUUCAAGUGCAAUGACAGUGCAGAUGCCGACAAUUACUUCUGUGAACACACAAUUUGUAUCGUAGAUGAUGACGAGCUGUUUGUAGUUGCAUUUGAGCGGACUACAUACAUGGUUGAUGAGAGUGUCGGUUCAGUUAAUGUGUGUGUCAAUCUCACUCAACCUGAGAUUGACAUACUGGAUGAAACUGUCAAUGUGUUUGUCAUUGACGACCCUAGCUCGGUCAAAAUUCCAGCUGGUGCCACAUUUGCAACUCCAGAUCCUCCUGAUUUUCUUGAACGGUAUACCAUGGUAGAGAAAUCUGACUAUGCCCAGCAGACAAACCUCUUCAAUGCCAUUGAUGAUGUUUUGAUCACAGAAUUGAAGAGAAUAGUUUGCUACAAUCAGACCAUCUAUGAUGACCUACGUGUAGAGUUUGAUGAAUAUGCAGGUAUUACUCUUGGAGUUAGAGACAUUAGUACCACAGCAGUAAAGCCAAUGUAUGAUCAAGCCUCCAUCUUUAUUCUGGACAAUGACGUGGCUAUACUUGGCUUGGAACAGACACUUUUCAAUGUCAAUGAGAACGUGGGUAGAGUGGAGGUUUGUGCUGCUGUAUUCAGUCCAGAUAUCAACUGCCCUGUGGAAUUCCCAUUUGAAGUGAAGCUGCAUACUAGUGAUGGAACAGCAGUCAAAAUGUUGGACUAUGAACCACUUGAUGUGACACUAGCAUUUGGUGUUGGCGAGAAACGAAAAUGUGUGCAUGUCAAUAUAACAAAUGACACGUUGGUUGAAAAUGAUGAGUUCUUGACCUACCAUCUGAGACGUACAGCAGAUCUGCACACGAGAAUUAAACUAGACCCAACAUUAAUGGAUGGACAAAUUAAGAUAGAAGAUGAUGACACCGUAUUGGUUCAAUUUAUUCCAACUACCUACACUGUGGAAGAGGGAAGAAAUGAUAGUGCUACAUUAACAUUGGUCAGAAGUAGAAAUCUCCGUAGAAAAGUGAACGUUACUAUUACACCAAGAGUUAUGACAGCUGCCGCUGAAUUUGAUUUCAGAGCAGAUCAAAUUACUAUAACUUUUUCACCUGGUGAAACGGAGGUCAAAGUUCACGUUUCCAUCUUUGAUGAUAGUUUUGAUGAAGACACAGAGACAUUUACUGCUGUGUUAUCUACCAGUGACACAUAUGUACAACUUGGAGGAAAUGCUAUAGUCAGUAUCUUGGACAAUGACGCAUUAAUCACACCAAACCCUUCUAUAUAUAAUGUGGAUGAAGAUGAUGGAAAUGCCACACUAAGACUUUUCAGAAGUGGAAGUAUCAGUAAAGAGAGUGCUGUCAAUAUCACACUUAUAUCUGGAACUGCUGAGGGUGGGUUGGACUUCGUAAACACGGUCAUCACUGUUACAGUCUUACCUGGACAUGCUGAGGCCAUUGCUCAAAGUUCCUAUAAUAGAUGAUUCUACUGAAGAAGAUACAGAAAUGUUCAUAGCCAUAUUGUCUACCAAUGCAUCUAACAUCAAGUUUGGUGAUAGUAUUGUAACGGUCACUAUCAAAGACAAUGAUGGUAGCAGUGGCACUUUGUUGCCAGGCCAGCUCCCAUGUGAUCAUGUCCUCCGCAGGCUGAUGGCCUUUGCUGAUCUCUUCACUCACUGCAACUGCGUACAUAAUCCAGAGUGGACUGAAUGGGUUGCAAUAUCACAUACAAACCAGUUAAAUUCUCAAUGUCCCACUGGGGGUGCACUGACAUACCAACGAAGGGCAGAGACGCAUUAGUGGAAACUGCAUUGAUAACAUUGAACAUAACACGACAUGUGAUCCAGUUGUAAUUGAUCAGAUAAUUAGAGCCUUGGGACUGGGCAGCAGUGGACAUCGAUAUGGAGAUUUGCCGAGUAAUACAACACAGACUUCUGGAUCUCGUUACCGUCGUGGAGAUAUAGCUGAUGUUACCGGCUGUCCCGCACCACCGUCCAUAUCCCCACCCCGGAAAGUGUGCCCGAGUUACACUGUACCUCAUAAUCAAGGUCGUCGUUCUGUUCAAGAGAGUCCCACAGAUGACAAUGUAUUAAUUGAUUCAACAUUUCAGACCAAAUCUUCCUCAUUGCCUUUCAGCUCUACUGCUGAAGACCUUUUGCGACAUAAACGAACGAGUAUGGGAAAUUGCCAUUAUAAGCAUGUCCUCUUUGUUAUUGAUGUAUCUGGCAGCAUUGGUGGAUCAAAUUUCAACAAAGUCAUAUCUGCACUGGGACAACUGGUUCCUGUUCUCUGUGACCGCACCAAAGUAGCUGUUAU